GGACUGAAUUUCUGAGGAGAAGUUGCAGGGUGAUGGAUGGCCAGAGGAGUGCUGGAACCUGAGGACUUGACCAUGCCAUGUCCCCCAGCCCAGAGUUAAACUUCCCUGGGUACUAAUGGAAGCAUGUAAACAAAAAACAAAGAUGAAGGCAAGGCAAUGAGUCGGCAGCAGAGCUAGCUCUGCUUCUGCAGUCUUCCACCUUCCAUGAUGUUCUUUGGCUAUGUUCGCUUUCAGACAUUAGAAGUGAUGGCGAUGGGGAAACAUGGUAUUUUCUGUCAGGCUCCUGAUGCUGCAGGGGAACCCGCCGGCAGCGGCACCAGGCCCAGCGACCAGCAGCACAUGGAGUAGCCGCUCAUCUGCGGAGAGCCCAUCGCCCCCCCCGCCGCCAUGGCAACGCAGGAUGGUUUCGCGGCAGCUAAGUACCAUUCUCCAGUUGCUGUCUACUGUGGGAGCAUUCCCAAAUUCAAACCCAGAUACAUAGCUCUGCGAGGCGGAAGCAUUGAUUCAAACUUGCAGUUUUGUGGCAGCAGAUGGACCAGUGAAGAAGAAGCUUCUUUUCAGUCCAUAUUAACAACCCAGAUGAAGCAGCAGCCGAGUUUAUGGGAUGAGAAUGGAACUGGGAAACAUCCAUACCCAAGGGCCACCUCUCCCCUGGAUGGCUGGGUCAGCAAAGCUAGUGUGCACGACCUCAGCAGUGGGGAUAGAGUUGAUGUUUCUCACCAUUCCCACCAAGCCUUGAGCCAAGAACCCAAAGAGAGGGAGGUGAGCAGCACUGACUUGGGAACCAUUCAGAUCAAGGACAAGCUCAACAUGAGGAGGAUGUCUGAGGAUCUGUUAGCCUCACAGAGAGGCCUGCCCGACUGCGAUCACCCUAAUGAGGUUACCCUGAAGCCAGUAGUUUCUGUGUCAGCUUCCCAGAGGACCCUGGUAGCCUCCAAGCCCAUGCCUCCCAUCCAGAACAGCCUUCCUUCCUCAGAGCCCAGCAGUAUGAGCAACGGAGAGCAGGAGCAUGGGGAAAACGGCACAGGCUGUGUUGACAGUGAAGGGAAUAACAAGAAGUUGAUGUCAGAGACAGAAGGAUAUAAAGCUUCCCUGCCGCCCUUGCAUUGCAGUGGUGGGGAUGGGAAGAAGUCACUGGGAGUGGCUUUGAUUCCCCCUAUCCCCAAGUCAGCGAGACCAUCUGAUGCGGCUCCUGGCAGCACUGCAGUGCCUCUCCCAAGAUCUCUGCACCAGGCUUUCCAAGAGGCCCUGGAGAUGAGGCCAAGAUCAGGCAGCAGAAUUGAAGAGAAGACCCUUAAAUCUCUAGAGCUCCAGACUCUGGAACCCAUCUUGCCUGUUCUCCAGCAUCAUGUUGAUGGUAAUGUGAAGUCUGCUGGACAUUUAUGUGAACCUGUGCCCCCAUUAAAAGGCCUCCCACUCAACCAGGCCAAGGGGAUGGAUGGUCUGACGAGCCCUCCCUUUCUGAGUGACAACGACUUGAAGUACAACAGUGGAAAGAUCCAUGUUGUCUUGUCCAAGUCAGCUCAAAAUAAAAUAGACGAGAAGCGACUGAGAGAAAUGCAGCUUUUGCAUAGAGAGAGGGAGAAAGAGAUUGAAAAGUCUUUGCAGCUCCCUACACGGAGUGUUGACCCUGGGGAUGCAGCUGAAGAAAGCUUUGGCCUACCACCUGUCAAUGGGACAGAGUCCGUUUCCCCCAGCAUGAGCAGUGCACACAGAGAGAGCACUGGUACUGCCUUGAGGAAGCGGGACAACAGGCCCUCACUGCCCAGCAUCCCCGUCGUCAGCCAGGGUGGCAGCUUCCCACGCAAAUCCUCAGUGAACUCGCUGCCGGCCAUUUCUCUGGACUUCCUGGACUGGGGAGAGGAGCUGGAGAAUGGGGGCGCCUGGGAAGCCAGACCCUUCCCUAACCCACAGCAGGGGCUGCUCAAUGCACUCACAUGGCUCAGCAGUGACGACUGGCAGCAGAAGGCAAGGGGACUCUUCAGCGUCAGAUGCCUGGCUAUCUGCCACUCAGAAGUCCUUCUUCAUACACUUCAUGAUUUUUCCUUGGCAAUUAUCAAAGAGGUGAAUAACCUCCGCUCGAAGGUAUCUUACUUGGCAAUCGUCACUCUUGGAGAGCUCUUCAGGACCAUGAAGAAGCACAUGGACCAUGAAGUGGAUGAGAUUGUUCGGGUCUUGCUCCAGAGGAUGGGGGACUCCAGCAAGUUCAUUCAGAAAGCAUCCAAUCGAUCCCUGGAGAUCAUGGUGGAGAAUGUGACUCCUGCCCGAGCAAUGACUGCUCUCAUAGCUAGUGGAGUCCAGCACCGCAACGUCCUGGUGAGGAAGUGUGCGGCCAAACACCUACUGACCACGAUUGAGCAAAUCGGAGCCGAGAAGCUCCUGUCGGGCACUCGUGACAGUACCGAGCUGCUGGUGCGCAUAGUGGUGAAGCUUGCUCAGGACUGUCAUCAGGACACAAGGUGUUAUGGACGGAAGAUGCUGAAUAUAUUGAUGAAUCAUCAAAAAUUUGAAAGGUAUUUGAAACAGUCUGCACCCUCACGUGACUUGGAAGAUAUUAUGGCAACACUUAAGCAGAAAGGGAUAGAAGACCAUAAAUGUGAACCUUCGUCUGAUAAGGACUCCAGGAAGUCUAAGAAGAGUGGUUUGAGGAUGCCCCAGGACAGUUUGUCUUCUGAUGGACGUUUGAGGUCUGGCUGUGAUGCACUCAGCUUACCCCGUCAGACAGUCCGUCGCACAUCGCUUCAGACUGGGGAACAAACUGAACAGCUCAAUGAGCUUUACAAGCUCCUGAGAGCCAAGGAGUUUCAGAGACGGAUGGAGGGAGCGGUGCUCCUCAUAGAUUACUGCAAAAGCAGCCCCCAGCUGGUUUCCACUAAUAUUGUGCGGAUUUUUGACAUUUUUGUGCUGAGACUUCAGGAUUGCAACAAGAAAGUGAACCAGCAGGCACUGGAGACACUGGCUUUGAUAAUACCCAUUCUCAGAGAUGCCUUACACCCAGUGCUAGUCUCUCUGGUAAGAGCAGUCACCAACAACCUGAACUCAAAGCACUUUGGGAUUUAUGCUGCCGCUGUGAAAGUGCUGGAAGCAUCCAUUGCUCACCUAGAUAACAGAUUGCUGCUGCAAGCACUUGCCCACCGAGUGUGUCUCCUCAGCGGCCAAGCUCUGCUGGAUGUCACAGAAUAUAUCUCAGUGCUUGUGGCAUCUGUUUAUCCCCGGAAACCCCAAGCUGUCAAGCGCUACGCCCUGCCUGUGCUCUGGUUCUUCCUGGGAAACAAGAUCCUGCCUGUCCGAAGCAGCAACGUCAGGGCUGUGGUCACCAAGCUUGCACAGAGCCUCUACCAGGUGAUGGGCUUGAGCCUGAAGGAGCAUGCCGCCAGCCAGCCUAAGCACGUGGCAAAGAACCUCUUGGACAUUGUGGACCUGAAUGUCAGCUGAAGGCUUGGUGCGCUCCAGGAAGCUGGUGGAGAGGUGCUGAGAGGGACAGGGGGAGGCAAAAGUGGACAACGGGGGUGGUGGCAUUGGUUUUAUUCUGUGUUUUUGAAGAACGGGAUUAACCCUACAGAGUUUAUGUUACAGACGUACAUAGUAUAUUUUGAUGUAGGCUUUUAAAAAAUAAUAAAAAAUAAAAGGAAGUAUUUUUUGAGACUUUUAUAUCUUGAGCUCAUGUUCCCUAAGAAGUUUGCAUAGAUACCAAAAAAAAUAAAACCCUGUGUGUAAAUGCAAUUUGUAACUGUAAAAAGGAAAAUAAUAUAUUUAUAUACAUACUUAAAAAAUAAGAGAUGAGCAUAUAUAUGGUUUUUUUUGUUUUUUUUUUUUUUUUUACUUACAAAGUAAGAGAUGGGCUCUGGAAGCCUAGGGGCUAUAGGAUUAGAUGGCUUGAUUUGGGAAGUAGAGAAUGACAGACCAGGACCUGCUAGCCCAGAGGAUUAUGUGGUGGGGUUGUCGGAGGAUGUGCAGCUCACUGUAUGUGCCAGCGUAUGCCUUAGGUGCCAAGCUAUCAGGUGGCCCCUUUGCAAGUCUCUGGUAGCUGCUGAUGAAAUAGCAGAUACCCAACAUGUCCAGGUCAAGCUCACAACAGCAGAAAUCUCCCCGGCUGCACUGAGAUUUUCUUCCCCUUUCAGGGGAUGCAUUUUUGUCUGUAGUCCCCUGUGCUCCCCCGUGCAAUGGACUGAUGAUGCGGUGAGGUGACCAGUACCAUCCGACUGCCUCCCAGCACCCUGGGGAGGUGCAGGAGAGGGGCUCGGGGCAGGGGGCUGUGCCACCUUGCAGGGGUGCUGGGUGACACACGGGGUGCUGGGCAGUGGGUGGGCUGAGGGUGCCCUACAGAAGCUGGGGAGAGGUAAGAUGUAGUCAGGCGUAGUGGGACAAGAUAUAGUUUUUAAAAAUAUAUACAUUUUCUAAAUGUCUUUUUCUGCCUUUUGAGAAGGGUUUGUCUUAUAUGCGGACCAAUUAAGCAUUUCUGAACCUGAGAUUCAGGAAACUGAGGAAGGGAUGGGCCGGUCCUUCACCAUACAAAGGUUUGGAAGCACAAGGGGAGAAAUGGUGAGAGAAGAGAGGAAGGGCUGAAAGCAGCAGGUUUUGGUGCAUCUGAAUAGGCAGAUAUGAAAACAGAGUAACCUGGUCUGCAUUCAUACAAUACUCAGUAUACUGGCACAGUUUUGAAAGAAAGAAAAAUGGAAGUUUUGGGGAGAAGAAAAAAUAGGAAAAUAACAGCAUGAAACACAUUGGGCCCAUGGAAGGUUAAAAGAGCUUUGACAGCUUCUUGACAGGUACAAGGACCUUGUAUGAAGCUGGGAGGCCAAAGAAUACUCCAGGGAGAUCUGCCCAUCUCAGGGGUCUUAUAUUUAUUUGCUGCAUUGUUUGGUAUGUCUAAAGCUAUACAGGACUCCAGCUUGCCAGAUACUAUUAUUGCAUUGGGUCACCUCUUAAGGAAUCUCUUUUUUUCUUCUUGUUAUAGUACUAAAGUGGCGAAAUGAUUUAGUAGACUACUCUAAAAGGUUUUUUGCUGCUGAUUUGUGUUUUUAACUCCCAACUUUUGGUAGCGGGGAGUACUCAGGAACUCGUCUCUGUGAAGUCUUGGCAUGUGAUCUGGGCUCUGAAACACUGGUAUUGCUGGGGAUCCUGCAGACCCUGAUGGAAGCCAUAGUCCUUGGAGCUCUGCUAGAGCAUUUUGGAAUUUAGCAUCUUGAGAAGUUUUUCUAACAGCUUACCAGAAAUGGGAAUAGCCUGGCAGCGUGCAGUUGUUUUGCAGGUAUGACAGGGCUCCACAGAGUGUACGUGUGCAUCCAAAUGCUAUGGGUGAAAUACUGGAGAAUGUUAGAGGGUGGCUGAGUUUAAAUUAACUAUGUCAUUUCAUUAAGCACCUGCAGUUUGCUACUGCUCGAGAUCUAUUUUAACAGGCAAAUGUUUUUCUUCUUUUAGCAGUUGGCAUCUGUAGAGGGCCUCCCGGUUUUGCUUAUUCUACCUCAAAAGUCGUCCUGUUCUUUCCCUCCUCUGCAGAUCAUUCCCUCUGGAGCCCCAUAAAUGCUGCUAUGCACAUGCUACUUUUGCUGGGCUGAAUAAAACCUCUUUGGUUUUACUUUCUCCUUGGCUAUGUUUGGGCCCUUGGGAAUGUGGGGGGAAGUAUCUGCAUUUGGGACUAAAAAAGAGCUUUUGUGCACAUCAUAUGAGGUCUCCCAGAGCCUGUUUUUAUGCGUUUAGUUGUAGUACCUGCAAAGUAGGUUUGAAAAGUAACCCAUGUAACUGGUUCCUUAACUCUCUUUUGGCUUCAAGCGUUGCUUUCAUGCAUACUGUUCCCCACAGUCAAUGAGAAUAAAGCAUUGCCUGCUGGUACCUA